CUCAAAAUUCACAGGAUCGUUCAAAAUGGUAAGCGCUACUUAUGUGCCCAGAUCUAUAAAAUGUUAUAUGCUUGAUCAUAAUAUGGUGUGCUAUAUCUUUGAUUUCUUUAUAUCUUUUUCGUCUAAGAUUUCAGCCUGAUUGAGCGAACCCGUUAAUAGCAACAAAAUGAAUAACUCCUCAACGAGUACAGCUGCCAAUAACCAAAAUGAGACUGCUGUUACUCGCAAAUCUUCUUCUACGACUGGCCUCUCUGGCUUGUCCCUCAAUCUCCUCAUACGUUACAUCGAUAAUGUUUUGUCUGCUCUCAAUAACCAGGGAUUGGGCUGCAAAAUAAUUGACAGUGGAAUGGAGUUAAGGGAUUUAGUGCAGCCUGUUGCCUCAGAUUUUUCUAAAUUGUUUGAUGGCAUUUCAGAGGGUGCAAAAAUGUUCACGGAUCAGAAAUUCUUGAAAUCCCAGCUUUCGACCGAGGCACAUUCAGUGGCGGUAGAUGUAUUGAACGAGUCGUACACACUAAGAGAUUAG